AUGAAAUUUUCCAGUGCCACCGUUUUAGCUAUCUUAGCUUCCUCAGCUUGUGUUUCAGCUGCCCCAACUUUUACUGUUACUGAACAAACUAUGGUUAAGAGAGAAGACAUCAAUGAAGUCUUAAACUUAAUUGAAGAAAUUAAAGCUCUUAACGUCAAGAGAGAUUACGUUGAAGGUGAAGAUUUAUUGGAAUUAGACAGAAGAGCCGACAAUGCUUAUAUUAAUUUGAUUUCUGCUUUAGCCAACUCUGGUAUUAUUAGUUUGGUUUGGGAUAAAUUGACUACUGAUGACAGUAUUAAAGCUUCUUUGAAAGCUAUUAUCCAAUCUGCUCUUCAAACUGCUGUUGUUCAAGGUUCUGCUUUAAUCCAAGCUGUUUGGAACUCUGGUUUAUUAGGUGACAUUUUCACCAAAUUGAUUAACGAUAGUGACUUAAAACAAGCUUUCUUGGGUGUUGUCAAAUCUAUUUUUGGUACUGCUGCUAACUUGAUUUCUUCUUGGAUUAGUGGCCGUACUUCUUCUUCUACUGAUGCAUCUUCUGCACCAGCUAAAAGACAAAUUGCUGCUCCAACUAGUGGUGCUUCUAAGAGAGAAGUUAUGGAUGCUGCUGAAUAUUUGAGUGAAAGAGACUUGUACGAUAUCAUUUCUUGGAUUGUUACUCAAAUUAAAGAUUCAGGAAUUGUUCAAUCCUUAGUUCAAAAAGUUAUUUCCAACCCAGAAGCUGUUGUUUCUUUCUUGACUUCUGCUUUCAAGACUGGUUUAGUUGUUGCCGAAGAAGUUUACGGAUGGGCUAAAGAAUCCGGAUUAUGGGAUUCUGCUUUAACUUAUAUUAAAAACAAUGCUGGUUCUUGGGCUGGUGCCAUUGCUUCAUUCAUUGGUAAACUUUUAUCCAACGGUACUCUUUCUGCUUCUGAUAUUGACAAUGCUGGUACUUCUUCAGCCACCACCACCACUGCUGCUGCCACCACAGGUAACACUCUUUCCACCAGAAGUGUCACUUCCUCUACUGGUGUUGCUCCAGCUGCUCUUGCUGUUUCUUCUCCAGCUGCUGCUGUUGCCGCCACUACUUCAACUGGUUCUACUGGUUCUACUGCCGCUGCUGCUGGCAACGGUGAUGCUUUAGAUUCAUUGAUUGCUAAAUAUGGUGGUGCUUCUACUGAAGCUGCUACUCCACAAGUUGAUACUUCUGGUUUAACUUCAGAUGUUAACACUUUGGUUAGUGCUGCCAGUCAAGCUGCUGGUUCUUUGAAAAAGAGAAAACUUUACUAA